CAGCCACAAAUGUACCAUCAAGGACUAAUUCUUGGACCAGCUGUGGCACACCCCCAUCUCAGCUCCCUCUCCGUCUGCUCACAAAACAUACACACCUUCCUUCAUCUGAUGUUAGCACAAACCAGGCUGUUAGUUAAGGAUAACAUUUACAGUUUGAUGCAGUUGACCAAGGUCCUGACUGGGCAUGUGCCAGUCCCUCAGGCCUUGAUAUUUAAAGGGGCAGACCCUGGCUGCUGUAGCUUCUGGACUGCUGAUGUGACACAGUCACAAAACUCCACCGAGCAGCCCAAGGCAGGGUCUCACUUUCUGGGAAGAAAGAGCCCUGAAGUCUACCGUGGACAAAAGGAAGAGAAGCCAGGGGACAGCAAAUGAACCAGGACUGAAUGUAGGUGCUUUGAGCUAAGCCAAAGUAUCUUCCCAAAGGGCAGCAGCAAUGAAUGUUGCCCUCUCAACAUGAAUCCUUCUCCCAGGCUAAGGGGUCUCUCCUGCCCAGUUCAGAACACCAAUUGCACCAAGAUUGUGACCUCCAUCAGUGAGUGGAACAGCACAGAAGUGGAUUCCUACCAUGUGGUCAGUCUUCCUCCCAUUACUCCCACGGCAGUGGGGUUGCCACCCAGCUGGAAUAUCUUCCCUACAGCAGACGUCCCGGACCAUGCCCACUAUACCAUUGGUGCUAUCAUCUUGGUCGUGGGUUUCACAGGAGUGCUGGGAAACCUGCUGGUCAUCUACACAUUCUGCAGGAGCCGCAGCCUUCGCACGCCGGCUAACAUGUUCAUCAUUAACCUUGCCGUCAGCGACUUCUUCAUGUCCUUCACCCAAGCCCCAGUGGUUUUCGCCAGCAGCCUGUACAAACGCUGGAUCUUUGGAGAGAAAGGAUGUGAAUUUUAUGCCUUCUCUGGGGCUCUCUUUGGCAUCACCUCCAUGAUAACGCUGAUGGCGAUUGCCCUGGACCGGUAUUUUGUGAUCACGCGCCCUCUGGCCUCUAUCGGCAUGACAUCGAAAAAGAAGACUGGACUCAUUCUCCUUGGAGUCUGGCUGUACUCGCUGGCCUGGAGCCUUCCACCUUUCUUUGGAUGGAGUGCCUAUAUUCCUGAGGGGCUGCUCACAUCUUGCUCCUGGGAUUACACAACCUUCACUCCAUCUGUCCGGGCUUACACCAUGCUGCUCUUCUGUUUUGUCUUCUUCAUUCCCCUGAUUGUAAUCAUCUACUGCUACGUCUUCAUCUUUAGGGCCAUUCAGGACACCAACAAGGCUGUUCAGAACAUUGGAUCUAGUGAGACCAUGGCAUCCCUCAGGCGUUGUCAAAGGAUAAAGAAUGAAUGGAAGAUGGCAAAGAUCGCUCUGGUGGUCAUCCUGCUGUAUGUGCUGUCCUGGGCCCCUUAUUCAACAGUGGCCCUCGUGGCCUUUGCUGGGUAUUCCCACAUCCUGACUCCCUAUAUGAACUCAGUGCCAGCCAUCAUUGCCAAGGCCUCUGCCAUCCACAAUCCCAUCAUUUAUGCCAUCAGCCACCCCAAGUACAGAAUGGCCAUCGCCCAGAACUUUCCAUGCCUUAGGGCCUUGCUUGGUGUAAGGCACCCCCGCACUCCAUCCUUCAGUAGUUACCACUUCACCCAUCGCUCGACCAUGACCAGCCAAGCGUCUGCCAUCAGCUGGCAGUCUCGAGGUAGAUGCCAGCUAUCCUUGGGUUCUGACAGUGAAGUCGGCUGGAACAACAUGGAGAUGGGUGCUGCAAGCCUGACCGUGAAGAACCAAGAUGGGUCCUGCAGGAUAGACCAAGACAUCAUGGAGACGGGAGAGCCGAUGGCCACAGCCAAGGCCAAGGGUCGAAGCUGGGAGACUCUGGCCAAGACCCUGGAAGAGAUGGAUGACUUAUCUCUCUUGGAGACAGGGACCCUUCUCCCCAGCCUGGAUCUUCAAAUAUAAAUACAAUUCUGCAGCCUGCCCAGAGGCCACUCACCACUCUGUGCUUUUGGCUAUGUGUCUACUUCUUCACACUCAUAUCAUGAAAAUGGAAAUCAGCUUUAGAUGUUGCUGCAAAGUGUCUGGUGCCCUAUUAUGAUUCUGCAGCCCUCUACCUGCAGGGACAAGGCCCUCCUUUCCUCUCUAGAACAUGACAGUCAAGCCCUGCUCUUCCAAGCAAUAUUCAACCCCACCCCCACCCUCAGUAUUUCCAGGGCAACAGAAAAACUGGGACAUGGUUUGACCAGCUGCUCCCAAGUGCAGUUUCUUUAUGUUACCACUCACUGGUAGUUUGCUGUUGUUUUGUAUCCUUUUGAAAAUAAGCUGUUAAAAAAAAAAGAAGUAGUGACCACCCGAUAAAAGCAUAGGGAUUUGGUCUGGGGUCUUUGACUCAUGCCAAGAUUAUUUGAAAUACUGUAAUCUUGUUUUCUCUCCAUUUUCCCUCCAUGACUAAACAGGCCUCACAGUUGACAGGGUAACAAGGAUGCACCAGCCCUAUGUACGUGUGGUUGGCUUCCAUUAUAAUCUCUUUACAUUUAUCUGAGGUUUCUCUGAUUCUAAUUCAUGUUUCAUGAAAAAAGUCCCCACGUGUAAAAUGGAAGCACUCACUAUUGUUCUGUUUUGCCAGUGGGAUGGUGUUGGAUGGACAGUUGGGAUUUCAUUGGCAUAGAGAACUUCCAGGUGAGGAAAUUCCCUCUACCAAGUCUGUUCACCAUUCUCUGUGACUAGAGUUGCUGCCCUAGAGCAGAGGUGCUUUAUACAUGGCUGGCAGCCUGCAAAACUCCUGAGUGAAGCCAGAACAAAAUUAAAAUACACCUGGGUAAUCUGAAAAAAAAAUAACCCAAAUAAAUAAAAAUGCAAUAGAACAUAGAUAAUGUUAAUAUGUGGUUUUCAAAGUCAAUAUGCAGGCAGCAGGCAUCAGUUUGUAGGGCUUCCUGCCCAGAGCUCCCCAGGCCAGCUCAUUAGUCACCGAGCCAUGAUGCCUCUCUGGAUGGAGAUGCAGAAACAACAGGAAGACAGCCAAGGUCAGAGUAGUUGUAAUCAUCAUCUUGGUUUAGAAGAACAGAGAAUAGAGUUCAUUCCUGCCCGUUUGUCCCAUCAGAAAGGUGGGGAACUACAGGAGCAGAAUACUACAUUCAGUGUCAGAUAUGGUCAUUUUUCAUCAAUUGGUUUUGCUUAACUGUGUGUAUAUGUGUGUUAUUAUUGUUACAAGGGAGGGUUAAAUGUGGGGGGAGGGGAUAUCAGGAGAUAACUAGUGUAGAGAAUC